AUUUCAUUCACUUUGCCCUCAGCAAUCUGGUUAUGCUUUCGAUGGAUUAGAUAUAAAUGAGUGCCAGACUAUGCCAGAGCUAUGUCGCAAUGGCCGUUGUAUCAACACUUUGGGAUCAUAUCGAUGUAUCUGUAAUAAAGGUUUCAGACCUGAUCAUGGAGGAACCCAUUGUAGAGACGUGAAUGAGUGUGAUUCUCGUCCUAGCCCUUGCGAUAUGGGUUGUGAGAAUACAAUUGGAAGCUACAUCUGUUCAUGCCCACCUGGAUUGACGCUAAGCCAUGACAAUAGGACCUGUGUUGACAUUGACGAAUGUGCAACCGGAGAGCAUAUUUGCUAUCAAAAGUGCACCAACACCCACGGAUCUUAUCAGUGCUCUUGCUUACCUGGCUACAAGCAAGUCGGCGACCACUGUAUUGAUAUUGAUGAGUGCGCCAACCACAGCGCAAUUUGUCCUCCACCAGGGAAUUGCAUCAACACCCUUGGAAGUUAUAGGUGCCUAUGUCCUCUAGGCUACAAACUAGAUUCUAGUGGGACGUACUGUACAGAUAUUGAUGAAUGCUCUGAUGACAAUAAGUGUCAGAAUAGUUGUCAGAACUUAAUGGGAAAAUACAAGUGCGGAUGUGCAGAGGGAUUUAUCCAGCAUGCAUACCUCAAUCAGUGUCUUGAUGAGAACGAGUGUGCUCAAAAUCCUUGUGGAAAUCAAACCCGAUGUAUCAACACUGUGGGUAGCUAUAGGUGUGACUGUCCACCUGGCUUCCAAUUUGAUGAAGGAUCUUUACUCUGUUUACAGCUCAGUAAAAAUUGCCUCGAUAGUCCUUGUGAAUUUGGUUGCAACGCGAUAGGCAGCAGUGGAUUUAGCUGUGGGUGUCCUUCAGGAUAUUAUCGUAUUGGCGAGGGUCAUUGCCUAUUGACCAUUAGCCCAUUUGGUAGCAACAUUCCAAUGUAUCCAAUC